UGGAGGGGGGGGGGGGACAGUAACACUGUACACAAUGGAUUAAUAGCUAAGUGACAGUAGCGAUUCAUUUACCCUUGCUUGGUUCGAUACAGUAGCAAGCUAAUCAUUUGAACCACUCAAAACCGAUCUCAUUAUCAAAACGGAUAUUCUGGACGCUUUGUUUUGCCCUCUGGAUAUAUAUUUCGAUGUCCAUAAUGGUCCUAUCUAAGGAAUCGUUUUUUUACAAGUCUCAAUGUAUAUAUAGCUGAACUAGCCACCAGUGCUAACUGGUUAAGAGUAUAUUUUUGUGAGUUAACUUUAAGUAGCUGGCUACUUGAACUUCUCCAAAAAAACGUAAUGAUACAAAAAUCCUGUAAAUGACGAUUUGGAUUCUGUAAGUGUGGUUAAAACAUUGUCUUUCUGUGUCGUCCUUUAAAGGAUUUAUGCGAAUGUUGACUUAUUUCGUUCCCCUUUAAAGGUAUUUUACAGGCACGAAUUAACUUAGAGUUAUUUUGUCUGUAACAAGGCAAGAAAGUUGAGUGAAGAGUCUAGCAAAUCGUCAGCUACAGCUCUGCGCAAUAAGGUGUAAACAGACUGCUUCAGCUAUCCAGAUCCUGACAGUUGAUUAGUCAUAACAUAUUAAAAUGUGCAAGUUGCCUUGACUUGCUGCCCGUAGAAGUUAAUACAUUCUUUUAGACCAGUAUCAAGUUGAGGCGCACUAAAAACCUAACAACAGCAACCAAUAUGGAUUCCACGAGGACAUCAGUAACACUGCAAGAAAGAAGUUAUCUUUCAGAAUAACAUUUUCAAAAUCAUGUUCAACUCUUCGUUUUAAUUCAGUUUUUUUUUUUGCUGACAGGACCACACGUUUUGUUUUUGUGUAGGUUUUAAAUUUUUAAAUUCUGGUGGAUUUUUUUCAUUUAUAUAUUUUUGGCAAAUAAUAUCUUAAAAAGCCCCACAGUGGAUGAUGAAUGGCCUAUCUGUCAGUGAGCUAUGCUGCCUUUUUUGCUGCCCUCCCUGUCCGAGCCAUAUUGCCGCAAAGCUUGCCUUCCUGCCUCCUGAGGCCACGUAUUCCCUACUGCCAGACCUUGAUGGCGCUACGGCCUCAGGCCCGGCAGGACUGAGAUCCAGGGGAGGGAUUCCCGGAGCGGCUGUAGGGGGCCCUGCAGAGGGAAAAUGGAAGCUCCACCUGACAGAGCGGGCUGAGUUCCAGUACGCCCAGAGAGAGCUGGACGCUACAGAGGUGUUUCUCACUCGCUCAAGCCGUGGCAACAAAGUGGGAUGCAUGUACAUCCGCUGUGCCCCCAAUGCCAGGUUCACAGUGCUGUUCUCCCACGGCAACGCGGUGGACCUGGGCCAGAUGAGCAGUUUCUUCAUUGGUCUGGGUACACGCAUCGACUGCAACAUCUUCUCCUACGACUACUCCGGCUAUGGUGUGAGUACGGGCAAGCCCUCCGAGAAGAACCUCUACGCCGACAUUGACGCCGCCUGGCAGGCCCUGCGGUCACGCUAUGGCAUCAGCCCUGAGAACAUCAUCCUGUACGGGCAGAGCAUUGGUACUGUGCCCACGGUGGACCUGGCAUCCCGAUAUGAGUGUGCUGCUGUGGUGCUCCACUCCCCCCUCACCUCUGGCAUGAGGGUGGCCUUUCCCGACACCAAGAAGACCUACUGCUUUGACGCUUUCCCUAACAUUGAGAAGGUAUCUAAGAUCACAUCGCCAGUGCUGGUUAUCCACGGGACGGAGGACGAGGUGAUCGACUUCUCCCACGGCCUGGCUCUGUUCGAGCGCUGUCCCAAGGCCGUGGAGCCACUCUGGGUGGAGGGGGCGGGACACAAUGACAUCGAACUGUACAGCCAGUACCUGGAGCGCCUGCGUCACUUUAUAGGCCAGGAACUGCCAGCCCAGCAUGCCUAGGUCCACCACACCGCCCCCUGGGUCUGGGGGAAUGGAUGGCUCUUAACGGGGCCGUGGGGUGAAGCCUGAGCAAUAAUUUAGUUUUGGGGAAAUUUUGGAUGCUUUCAGCCAUGUCUUUUGGUUGUUUUCCUCAUUCUCUAUCUCUACCAGCUGUCACUAGUCCUGGUCAGAGCAGCUCAGAGCUGUAGUGAACUCACCACCUGGCCAGUGGGCAGUGAAACCCAGCAUAGAGGCCCGUCUGCCUUCUGUCUGUCUGCUCCUCUAUUAACCCAGGCUAACCAUCUCACUGAUAUGUCGGCGGUUUCUGGUGUGUACUGUCUAACCUAUUCUGACAAGUUUAUACCUUAUUCAAUUUAGGAGAAUGUCAGUUUAUGUAGGAACCUCAUCUGUAUUUUUUUUGUAAAGCCCUUGUCUUUGAAUGGUUCAGGCACUUUUUGGUCUUAAUUUAGGGAUAGCCCUAAGUAUGAAUUUUUGUUGUUAAGACUAGGCUUAGGUUUAUUGAGAUUUUAGAAAAUCAUAGAAAGACAAUGACAAAUUAAAGACUUGGGGUGUAUUCAUUCUGACAAACAAAACAUUGUGAAACAGAGAAGAUUUUAAUCCAAUCACUUUUCUAAUGCUGUUGAGUUCCGUUUGUAGUUGCAAGUUGUAGUUUACUCAUAUCUCUAUUCAUUAAACUAAAUAAGUAGGUGGAAGAGUCCUUGCAGACUUUAUUUCAGAUGAAAAAGCUGGGAAUUUAGUGAUACAGGUGUUGUGAUAAAUGCUUCGUUCAAUUCUCAGACUGCAAAGAACAUAUUUAGAAAGUGAAUUGAAUUACAACUUCUGUUGGAACAAGUCUUUAUGCCAAGUUUGGACCAGUGUUUAGAGAAAAGGUCUUCUCUCUUGUAACAGACUAAACACGAAUACAUUAAUACAACCCAAUAUCACAACACUGUGAGCUUUUGCAGUAAAAAGACAGAAGAGUAUAACUGCAUCCAGUUUGAAAGUUGUUUUGGUGCUAAUGUGUGUUAAUAUUUUCUGUUUCUAUAUUUCUGUUUCCCAUUCACGAAUAACUUUCAUGUGAAUAAUCCAUGCCUGUAAAGAAUUGGUUUUGUAGAAAUAUUAGCUUAAAGAUCAAAAUAAUGUUUUCACUUGUUAAGAAAUUAGGUGUAAUCGGUGAUGUAUUACACAAUUGGAUUACGUAGUUCACAACAAACGGGCAGAAAUUAUACAAAGUCCAUAUUUAAGUUUUUAUAUUAAUUCAGCGUGCAUUUAUUUGAAUACAAAAAGUGUAUAUUAUUUUAAAAGCUGCUGAAAUUUUUGCUUUGGUUGAAGUUCAAGAUUGAACCCAAAUGGUUAAAAAACAAACGUAUUAAAUUGCUAACAUCCUUCUACAGCAUCUUUAACUCAGCAACUCGUCUGUUUAACCCCCUGUUAUGCUGCAGUAAUGCAAUGGAUAUUGUGAACGUGUGUGUGAGUCUAGAAAAUAAAGAGGAGGCAUACAGGGGUGCAAACAUGUCACUUUUCGGCGAAACUCGCCGUUUUUACUUCAAAAUAGGUCAACCACAUGAAUUGUGUAGAUCUGCAAAAAAAAUCGGGGGGGGGGGUUGUUCUACAUCUGAGAAUAAAUAUAUUUUCUGUUUCGUGAAUCCACUUCACCCUGUGGAGAUCUUUUUUCUCUGUCUGUCCACCCUGUGUAAUCAUAUAAUGCGCGAGCUAGAAUAAUCAUCCUGUCUGCUUUUUCUGCUUAACUGCGCUGUUGCUGGACAGACCGUCCCGUGCCACAAACUCUAAAUAACGUUUAGCUGCUUCAGGCGGCUAGCAACACUCCCAAGCAGCGAUGAACACUCCCAGUAAGCAACCUGUUUUUGGAGUAAUUAUGCGGGUGGUAAGGUUACCUUGUCAACUUAGGUUUGUUGUAGCUUCCUGAGGUAGAUAGCUAAGUUGGCUAUGGCGCUUCUCCAUUGACCAGCACGGUACAGGACGGCAAGAAAUGUGUCUGACCCGUGCAGUGUUGCCUGAACGGCAAGGUAUUGGAGAAGGGCCAAUCAAAAUGCAGACAUCCCAAAUCUCCCGGAAUUUCCGAGAAGUCUCCUGCAUUUUAAAUGCGUCUCCCUGACGCCCGCAAAUCAUAUACAAUCUCCCGGAAAUCGAUUUUAGUGCAGAAUCCCGAAUCGCAGAGUGCAUACUUGAAGAAGGAAUUACUGUUUUGAGUAUAGGAGGGUAUAAUUCCAUCCAGUGUUUGUGACCGAAUGGGACGUAAUACCUCGUCUUAUACUGCACUGAACUUGAUUCACCUCUUUCUGGAUUUCUGUCUGAAAUGGUGGUUACACGGCUAGUUCAGCAUUGUUAGGGAGUACUUUUAUUAAUUUGACUUUAAUUACUUCUUAUUUUCUGUUAGUGUCAUUUGCUAGGCUGUUGCCGGUAAUGGCCAUUCAGUCAUUAAAUUAGGUCAGGUCAGUUGAGACCCCUUUUUUGGCUGAAUGGAGUAUGAACUGAACUUGCUGCUAAAUAUCAAGAUGAAAUGGAUAGAAAAAGGGUCACCAUCCUUUGUGUACAUACAUUCUGCGUAGCAGAAGGAGUUUGAGGCAACUUUCAGUAGUUGUACACAUUUCUGUAUUAUUAGUUUGCACUAUCCAUUGGAGUGGAUCCAAGUAUACAUAUUUUAAACACAGAUGUCAGUAAGACUUCCUUUGAGGGCAUAGCGUCUGCAGGUUUCUGCUCAUAUCUUGUACUUGACUGAUUAAUAAGGUCACCAAUUAGUUAGGAUCAUCCCUCACCUGGUCACCAAUUGAAAGGAAAAACCAACAACCAGCCUACCCUAAGGCCCUCCAUGGAAUUGGCAUGACACCUGUGAUAUGCAGUAUUGCUGCUGGCCUGUUCCUUUUCACUCACUUCUCCUGUUGCCACAUUAUUUUGGACAGAUUUAGAAUUUCAUUAAUGUCUAUGUGUUAAAGUUCACUUGACUAAAUGCCCAACCUCUCUUGCAUGUGACCUACCACCAAUCCAAUGUCCUCUGUCUGGGUCUUUGAGGAGUCAGGUUAACUUAUACGUAGCAACCAAAGUUUAACAGGAAAUGUUCUGUCUUGAACAAAACUUCCCUGUAUCUUCACCAGAACCAAAGCUUGGGCAUCAUUUCUUCCAAUAACAGUUGAGUGGGGAAUAAAGCAAUACAACAGUUCUCUUUCUCUGUUGUGAAAGUGUGGGAGGUGGCAGACUGCUUAUUGUGAGGGGAGCUCUAGACACUCAUUCACAGCUGUUGUUAAAAGAAAAAAGUUGUAGAAAUGUAUUUUUAUUAAAGUGUUCUCUGUGUACUUUUGUACUACAUUGUUUUCAGAUCUCUGUAUGGAUUACAUUUUUGGUGAAUGUUGGGAUCCAAGGGGAAAAUGGGGUUGUGUUGUUAUUGAAUACAGUUACACAAAGUGUAUUAUUAACAACUUUGUUUUAAAAACAUUUAUCUUCCAAUAAGUAAAACAAAUAUAUAAUUGAAAAUAAAAUAAUGAAUUGAUAAAAUAAAUCAAUUAGUCAUUCUUGUUAUGUUUCCCCCACUGAUUU